AUGAAGACCUCUCCUUGUCUGUCUCAGGCAUCACAACUGCAAAUUGCAGCGACUACCGCCACCACCACCACCAUGCGGUUUCUUGUCUGGCUCGCCCUUGUCCAGGGUAUUGCAUUCGCCCUCCCAGGCCCAUUCCAUCAGGGUCGAUCCCCCAUCAUUGAUCUUGGGUACGCCAGAUACCAGGGCAUCCGUCCUGGUACAGGGGUAGAUGAGUAUCUGGGCAUGCGCUACGCCGCACCCCCCCUGGGCGACCUCCGAUUCCGAGCACCUCAAGACCCGAUCUUAAAUGACACGCUCGGAAGUGCCACGGAGUACGGACCGCUUUGUAUCGGGGUCGAUCAGACCGAGACGCCCGGGGAGUUGAGCGAGGACUGCCUCUUCAUCAAUGUCUUCAGGCCUUCCGCUGCCACCGCGCAAGGGAAGCUGCCCGUUUGGCUGUUCAUCCAGGGGGGAGGGUAUGCGGACAACUCCAACGCCAACUACAACGGAACCCAGGUGAUCCAGGAAUCGGGAGAUGGACUCGUCUUCGUGACCUUCAACUAUCGGGUUGGAGCGCUGGGGUUCCUGGCUAGCGACCGGGUGCGACAGGAUGGGGACCUCAACGCUGGCUUGCUGGAUCAACGAAAGGCCCUGGAAUGGGUCAGACGGAAUAUUGCUCAGUUCGGGGGGGAUCCCGACCACAUCGUCAUCCACGGGGUAUCUGCCGGCGCGGGAUCGGUGGCCUACCACCUGGCCGCAUCUGGCGGCCGGGACGACCAACUGUUCAUCGGCGCGGUAGUCGAGUCGUCGUUCUGGCCCACCCAGCGAACAGUCCCGGAGAUGGAGUUCCAGUUUGACCGAUUUGCAAACGACACUGGCUGCUCGAACCACACAGCGCCGCUAGACUGUCUGCGGGAGCAGGACAUCACCAUCAUCCAGGCAGCAAACAUCGCAUCGCCCUUUCCCGGGGCCACCAGCUCCCCACUGCCGGACUGGUACUGGCUCCCAGUGACGGACGGCACCCUCAUCCUCGAGCAGCUAUACGACGCCUUCGACCUGGGCCACUUCGUCAAAGUCCCAGUCCUGGUAGGGGACGCCACGAACGAAGGGUCUAACUUCGCAUAUAACGCCACCAACAGCUCCGACGUGGCACUGUUCUUCCGAAAUAACUACCCCCACCUUACCCCCCAGCAACUCGAGACGAUUAAUACCGCCUAUCCCCCCGGUAAGCAACCGAUCCCGCACCACGCCGCCGCCUUCGGCGCCUCAUCGGCCGCAUAUGGCGACGCGACAUUUACCUGCCCCGGGAACCACGUCACCGAGUCCGUGGCCAAGUUCGCCUCAAGCGCGACGGUUUGGAACUACCGAGUGAACAUCCUCGACGAGGCGAAUCUUGCGGCUGGGAUCGGGGUGCCACAUACCUUUGAGCUACCAGCUAUCUUUGGGGCGGGAUCCACGGGCACCCUGAGCAGUCAAUCGUCGUAUCUGUCCUACAACGCGGAGAUCAUCCCCAUUGUCAUGCACUACUUCAUCAGCUUCAUCCAGACGCUGGACCCGAAUACGAAUCGGUACCGGACGGCGCCGGAAUGGGGCCCUUGGGGAACGGGAACCGGCGAGCGGCUGAGGUUUCAGACCAAUGACACGGCCAUGGAAGUGGUGCCGGAAUCUUCUUUGCGGGAUUGCGCGCUGUGGAUGGGUCUGAAGGAGACUAUGGAGGUUUGA